CGCCUCACUCACCUCUCCUCCGCCUCCCCCCUCCCCCCCUCUUCUCACCAUGUCCGCCAUCCGCUCCGCGUCGGCCAACGUCGACUGGUCCAAGAUCUACUCGGGUCUCGGCCUCAACAAGGAGACUCUUACCGAACUCCAGGCGUUCCGUGCCCGCAACACCGCUGCCUUCAACAAGGCCGCCGCCAUCAAGGCUACCGUCCCCGAGCUCGACCUCGCCCACUACAAGUCGGUCCUCAAGGACCAGUCUGUCAUCCAGCAGGCCGAGAAGGUGCUUGCCGAGUUCAAGCCCGCCGACUACGACGUGUCCAAGUGGAACGGUGUCGUUGACGCGUUCGAGGGCAAGGCCGUCGAGGCCGCCAAGGCGACCGUGACUAAGAUCUCGUCCGAGGAGGAGUCGCUCAAGAAGACGCUCUCCAACAUCCAGGACGCGCGCCCCUUCGAGGACCUGACCGCCGCCGAGGUCGGCCACGCCCGCCCCGAGAUCACCCACGCCGUCGAGACCAUGCUCAAGAAGGGCAAGUGGACCGUCCCCGGCUACCGCGAGACCUUUGGCGAGUUCUCGUUGAUGUAAGGGAAGCAACAGCAACAGCAACAACAUCGCCACAUCGUAGAAAACGCAGGGGCAUAUGCAUCUGUGAGGAAG